CAUACGUGUUUGUAGUGUCCCGCAGUGCUCAAAUUCCAAACAAAAACAGUCAUAUAUCCCCCGAGCAUUGAUGAAUUGAAGAAGAAGUGGGGGCAUGCAAUUAGAAAAGACUUUAAGAUACGUCGAGGAAGCACAUUCUGUAUAUUUGCAACUUACACUUCAACCCUGGCGACUAUCUUCCUUCGUCAGACCGGGGGCUGUUCCUAGACGUUUGCAAUAUAACGACUAUCAUCCCGCAACAACGCGGGAAUCUGGAAAGUGCAACGGCUCGUCUUGGAGUUGAUGUUCGAGAAACCGAGAACCAGGAGCCGGACACUUAACUGUGACCACGACUAUGCGAAACCUCCUCUUGGGAGCCAGUAUACGGUUGCUAUGGAGAUGGUUCCGGAAGACAUAGUGAUUCAGGAGACCGUGGGGGCAGAGGUGGAGCUACUGGAGGAUGUGAACAAAGGCCACAAGCGGAGUCCACCGGAGAUCCCCAGGGUUUCUGUGCCACGCCCGUUCUCGAUGCCAGAGGACUCGAGUGACGAUGACUGUGACCUGUCAGGGGACAGCAUCUCUGCUUACGGCAUGGAGCUGGGGGGAAAGUGCUGGGAAUGUGGCAUGCAAUUCAAGUCUGGCCAGGAGUUGAUUGAACACUUUGAGAGCCAUAGGUCCAAGGUCUCAACGUCCUGCAACAUCUGUCGGGUGACUUUCAGUCGCACAAUAUCACUGGCCAUGCACCUAGUCAACGCACACCCAAACUCAGUCCUCCAUUGCAGCAACUGCCAGCUGCAUUUCAGCAACUUGUGGGAUCUCAACAAGCACAUAGGAAUACACUUGUUCACCGAGUUGUUAAAUACACCCCUUGGGGACAUCUCAAAUAAUGUCUUGAAUAGCAGUGAAGAAACUUUAAAGGGACAGUAUACUCUACCUUCAGCCUUGGCCCUCAAACAUGAGGACAACUCAAAUGAUUGCUUGAAUGGAAGUGAAGAGACUUUAAAGGGACAGCAUACUGUUCCUUUGGUGGUGGCUCUUGACCAUGAGGACACCUUAAAUGAUGGCUUGAAUGGAAGUGAGGAGACUUUAAAUGCACAGUGUACUCCACCUUCAGCGGUGACCCUAGACCAUACAUACAGCAUGGAACGCAAUGGGAGAGUGACAAAGACAAGACAUAGGCUGGAGGAAUCAGAGGAGGAGGAGGAAGAUGUCAAACCAGACCCCUCCACUCUGACUCCCACACUGAGGAUCCGUGUCAAACUGGAGAGAGGGGUUGAGGUUGAUGGCGCCCCCCUCCAGUGGGAUGAGGGUAUCAGCGAUGGAGAGGGGGGUGAAUAUAGCGAACACACUGAGAGCGCUGGAGGAACAGACAACGAAAGGUUAACAGAGAGCAGCGGGGAAACGGAUAUCGAUGAGGAGGACAUCAGGCUGAGUGAAGAAGAGGAGGAAAUUAAAAGCAAACAGGAGGAGGAUAGGAAGAAUGACAUCCACAGCGAAAAAGAGGACGAAGAUGCUGAGAUGCUUAUUGACGAAGAUGUUGAGCCCUCCUCGUCUGAGCAGGAGUCAGAAUUUAACCCAGAAGAGUUAUCAGAUUCUGACACGGGGUCCAGCAGCACUGGGGAAUCCAGUGGGUCUUCUUACACUCCUGUACGCACACGGAACGCCAAGACCCGGCCAUUCCGGACUAAGCAGCCCCAGACCAAGUUGUCCCAAGUCAUGCCUUAUUAUUGCAUCUAUUGUGCCAAAGGACCGUAUCAUAAUAUGGAAUUUCAUGUGAAGACCUGCAAUAUGAGGAAGGACUUUCAAUGCUCUUUAUGCCAAGCAGUCUUCCCUACUGAGAUGGCCAUGUUGGACCAUCAGGUUCGGGCUCACUCUGAAGCCAUAUCGGGCCAAAUGUACGCCUGUGAGUUCUGCCGUCAGGUCUUCCCCGAUCUGGCCAUCUACAAAAACCACAACUGUCCCAAAAAAGACACAUCCCCCCCAUAUGUUCCUGAUCCCACUACGUGUAUCCAUUGUGGAACAGGGCCAUUCACUAAUAUGGAUGUUCAUUUGAGAAGCUGCAGUUGGAAAGGUCUUACAUGCACUGAGUGCAGAGUACUCUUCCAUAAUAGGAAGGCCCUGCAGAACCAUAAUGUUUCAGUUCACGGACAGCUUUCCACUAUGUGUGCUGUUUGCGGCAGAGGGCCAUUCACUGAUAUGGACUUCCAUUUGAGGAGCUGCUCUAGGGAUUGGUCCUUCCAAUGCUCUGAGUGCAAAGUCCAAUUUCCUUCUGAGAAAUCUCUGGUGGACCAUAAUCUUAAAUAUCACAGCGCCACAUCAAAGACCUCUGACCAAGGUGUCUGUGUUUAUUGCGGCAGUGGACCAUUCACUAGUCUGGACAUCCACAUGAGGACCUGCUCUAAGCAGAAGGGCUUAAAAUGCUCUGUGUGCAAAGUUUUUUUUCCUACUGAAUCGGUCCUGGCUGAUCAUAUGGUUUGCUAUCACAGCACCCCAUACCAUGUCCAUAGAACCCCAUACCAAGUCCAGAGCAUCCCAUACCAAGUCCAGAGCACGGACUCCGAGACCCCUGAAGGUACCUGUCCCCAUUGUGGCAGAGGUCCAUUCACUAGUCUGGAUAUCCACUUGAGGACCUGCUCUGGGAAGAAGGGCUUCAAAUGCUUUGUUUGCAACGUUUUCUUUCCUACAGAGACAGCCCUGGCCGACCAUAAGGUUCUCGUUCACAGUAUCCCAUCAGAGACCCCUGACAAAGGUACCUGUGACCAUUGUGGCAAGGGGCCAUUCACUAAUCUGGACAACCACAUGAAGACCUGCUCUAAGAGGAAGUGCAUCCAAUGUUCUGUGUGCAAGUUUUUCUUUUCUAGUGAUGUCCUGGCCAACCAUAUGAUUUCCUAUCACAGUACCAAAUCCCGAGUUCAGAGCCCAGUCACAGAGACGCCUGACAAAGGUGCCUGUGUCCGUUGCGGAAGAGGGCCCUUCACUAGUCUGGAACAUCACAUGAAGUACUGCAAUAAACAGAAGGGCAUCCAAUGUGUUAUGUGUAAAGCUUACUUUCUUACUGAGGGCAGUCUGGUGGACCAUAUUGUUUUGGCUCACGCUGACAAGCUGGUCACCCAAGCUGGUGGGUCCUCCGCUACGACUUUCUCCUUCGUACCCAUGGCUAUCUCUACCACCUCAGGCCAGCAGAGCCCCAGUAGCUCCACCCUGAUGUGUUACAGUAGUGGCAUCAAGGAGCUGAAACGACUGGCCCCAGUCCCCGUGGCUGAUCAGGGCCCCAGUGCAGUUGGCCAGCUAACACCUGCUGGACAGUCUACUGUGUCUCUGCCUAGAGUAAUGCUGUCUACCACCUCCUCUUCCCAGCCAGCUGUUCCUGUGGUGGCCACCUUGCUCUUUGACAACACUUGUGGUGGUCCAGGGAAAAUGGCCAGGCUGGUCCCAGUGGCCUCACAGACUAACCCUCCCAAACCGCAGGUCACGGCACCCACGCAGACUAACACAGCAAAGACCCUUGGGCAGUUCUCUAACCUUCUGCAACAGACUGUCCAUCAGGCAAAAUCUGUCCAACAGCAGACACCCAGGCCCACUGCCCUAGCCAUGGAGCCUAUCAGAUCCCCCACCACCCCAUCCCCUAGACCUGUCUCUGCCUCGGCCCCGGGGAAAAUCACCAUGAUCCACCUCUCACCUGUCCCUACCCCCCCCCUAGCUCAGUCUUCCCCCCUUACCCUUGCCUUUGCCCCAGCCCCUCUUAGCAUCAUGUGUAUGUUUGUGAAUAGAAGUAAGGAGCUGGCCCUGGAGAAACGCAUGAAGAUGAGCUGGCGCUCCAAGGGCACCUACACCUGCCGCCAGUGCGGCGCCGUCUCGCAGCAGCCCUCGCUCAGUGUGAAGCACCGCUACCUCCACCGGGGCUCCCGGCGGUACCGCUGCCACUGUGGUAGGUCGUUCCUGCGGCGGCUGCACCUCCUGCGCCACUACCUCCAGCACGCCCAGGCCACCCGCUACAUAUGCACUGCCUGCGGGGAGACCUUCGACGGAGCAAAGUGCCUCGCACAGCACAUGGUUGGAGCUUCCAACACGACUAGAUGUCCAGGUGACAGCAUAACUUUGAAGCUGAGGAAAGAGUGCCAGAUGCCCUUCUCCUGUCACUGUGGGCAGAUGUUUUGUAGGCCUGCUGCUUUUCUCUGGCACAAACUGAAAAACACCCAAAGGACUUAACACUGAAAUGGGCCCACAGCAGGGCCCAGUCUAGGCCCUAUUCAAAGCAGUGGUUUUUCCAUGGCUCACACAGGCAGGCAAGCCUAUCAUUUACUAUGCUUAGGGGUAGAGGAGGACAAUGCAGUUUGUGGACUUGUUUGACUUUUUUCACUGUGAAUGAAAGAUGAUUCCUUAUGAAAUAAUCUAUGUAUGUAUGUAUGUAUGUAUGUAUUCGUUUAAAAUGUGUUUUCACUUCCACUAAAACAUUCUGAUUUCACCAAAAGAGCAAAAAUACAAUCAUAUUAAAAUGAUAUAUUUUACUUGAGUUGUCUUUGUAAGAGGUCAUAGGGUACAUUAGGAAGACUAAAGCAUUAUCAUUAAUUCAGUUCCAUGAGAUGGCUAUAAUAUUGUUAAUAUUAUAAGUAGGUUAUGAUUUAGCUGGUAGAACAAUACUCAUUCAAAUACUUCCACUCACCAAUGGCUUUAAAUUGUCAGGAAGACCAGAAAAUGUAUUUACAAUGCAUGGUUUUAUCAUGUGCAAAAGAAAAGCUGUAAACGCUUUCAGUUAUCGUUUUUGCAGAAUUUAUCCUUUUGUAAGCCGAUUUUACAAUAUUACCUGUACAUGUGAUCCUCAUGUUAAAAAAACAAAAUAUAUAUAUUUUUAAAUUAAAUAUCUUAACUCCAGUUAAUGAAAAUAUAGAAGUCCAGUUUAAAUACAACCAUGGGAAUAGUUGUCCUCACAAGGUGCUUGAUUUAGUAAUGCCCCAGAUUACCAGCCUUACCAUUGGGGCUGGAGAACGGGUACAAUUUGUGGAUUCACAAAGUGAAUGACAUAAAUUAUGCAUAUAAGACAAUGCAGUGCCCCUGACCCAUAUUUCCCCAUUCACACUUGAGUGCAACAGGUAUUGAGAGCUGUGUUCUAAAAAUGCACACUCAUUUAAAGACUGGCCACUUUUAAUCCUACCUGUGUACUAAGUAUAAUUUGGCUGUUACUAGUCCAAAAACAAUCCAUGUCACACAAGUAUUGUUUGGUAAAAGAUUUCAAAAGUUUUUAGACUGAUGAUGUAUUACCCAUAGGCUGCCACAGAGACCCAAGAAUAGGACAUCGUUUGACAUUCAUUCAUGUCUAUGACUGGUGUGUGAUUGUCAUGCGUGUACAUAUCCUCUGGGGGGAGCUGUCACAUUAGAAUAACAGUGAGAAAUGUCUCCAUGUACUUUAUGCAGGUUGACGUUUAUUGUCGUGAGUCUUGCUCUAGAAGCAGAACUGAGCGGUUUCCACUAGAUGGGCCACUUACAAAGUCAAAAUUGGCUAUAUUGUCAAAAUUAAUGAAAACACAAAUUUGGUUUGGCAUUAUGUUUAGCAGUGUGGUUAGGUUUCAAAUCAGAUUUUAUGACUGUGGCUGUGCCAGAUAGUGACCACUCUACAGAGCUGCCUCCAGUACAUGAGUCAUCCCAAUAAAUAUCAGCCUGCAUACUUUAUUAGGCUAUGCUACUUGUCUCUUGAUCGUUAUGAGAACAGCUUAACUAUGUAAACUGACUGCUUCCCCAUACAAUCAUCCUUAAAACAACAAUAUAUGUCGGGCCUUAACAGUCUAGAUUAGUUCUUUAUGCGAAAGAGUCUGUUAAAUUCAGAGUCUACUUUGGUAACUCCACAGUACCGUAGGGAGUGUUUGAGUGGGCGAGCGGGCAGCCCUUGAGACAUGGCAACUGACUAGCAGUUUAUCCCUCUGACUGAGGCCGUGUGAAGAGAAAUUGUUUUAUUUCCUAAUCUAACAAAAUGGAGAGGAUUAUAACAGUUAGAGAACAGAGAUGUGUAUUUUAAAAGUGACCAGCAGCUCUCUCUAGUAAUAAGGCAGUUGUCCCAUACACUGGUGCCUCUGAGAAUGUCACCUCUUUAUACUUCCUGUUAGGAAAACCGUGUGGAAUUACCGUUGUGUUUUACUUGUGGAAAAAGGUAUGAUUGAAAGAUGCUUUGCGGGAGGCUGUCAAUACUGAGUGGCAUUCAAAGUUUCCCUCACAUUUAAAAACGCUGUUUAAACCUCUUGUUCCAUAGGAACCAGGCAUUAUGUUUAGGAGCCUCCAAUGUAACUUGUAACACUAAUAGCAGGAGUUAGGGGACAUACUUUACAGAGCCAUCAGAGGGUGAACCCAUAGAGCCCCCCUCUGAGAUGACAAGCUACAGAACCAGAGGCCAUGUUACUGGAGUUCUUAAUUGAGAUUGUUAACGCAAAACCUUCUACAUUAAACACAUCUGAUAAAAAUACACCAGUCAUCU